CGGUCAAAUUCCUCUCUCUCGCUAUCCAGCCCUCCGAGCCAAGUAAGUUUCCCCUUCCUUCUCCACUUUCCCAGUCAUGUCUUCUCUUAGCGAUAGGAUCUCUUCCUCAGAGGACUGCUCCUCUGAGGACUCCAACUCCUCUUCCUCGACCGGGUCUUCUUCUCUUGACUCCAUGCCCGGUCAGGUUCCCAACUCUAUUCCCGACCCCCAACCUGUUAAUCAGAUGCCCGGUGAAGUUUUCAUGGGGAGGGAUGACCCGGUUGAUGACGAACCGGGUCCCUAUGACCCUGAACACGAAACCCGGGACGCGUGGGAGGAGCGGCUUCAUGCUGCCGGUUACUUUCCGCUCCCCACCUUACUGAAUCCCCAGAGUAACCGGGGAUGGAAGGAAAAAUUUGUUUUCAUUGAGUUCCCCCCCUUCGUCACCCCUUUCGCCGGUCUGAAAUGGAACGACCACCUCCUCGACCAAGAGUACGCUGCACCGGCUUCCUCCCCUGACUUGGAGGCGAGUCUUGCAGUCCUUAUGCGCGGCGAUCCAUACACCGGGAGGGUCUUCCACUACGGCAGCUGGGUUUGGAGGGUCGAGUCGGGUGGUGAGGGUACCUCCCAGGCCCAUGAAGCAGCGGGGCGCGGGAUAUGGAGUUCGAAGAAUUCGCCAUGCCCGAAGAUCAGCCAGAGGGAGACCGGUGGUUCUCAGGCUGGCACUGCGAAAACUUUCAAGGUCCAACCAGAGACCGUGGAAAUCCAUGAUUUGGACGAGCCGGAGGAUGACCGGUCAAAAGGGAAGGGCAAAGAGAAAACCGGCCGGCGGAUAAAAAAGGUGGCCACCACACACCCUUCCUUCGCUAAGAAGAGGCAAAGAGGGGACUCAAAGCCGGCCGGCCAGUCUAUUGAAGAGGCCUUCAUCAACCUGGGCCUGAGGCUGAAGGAGGCGGGGGAGAUCGGACCCCUCUCAGCUGACCGGCUUGGUUUGGGCUCUUCUUCGGAGUUUGCCCGGCUGAAGAAGGAGAAGGAGGAGAUGGCUCUCAUCCUGAAGAGCCAAGCUGAUGAGCUGGCCAGGCUAUCCGGGCUGAUCGGGUCGAUGAGGGCGGAGAUCUCUCACCUCAAGGAAGAGAAUGGCCGGCUGAUGGACGAGGUGUUUGAAGCCAAGAGGGAGAUGGCGGAGAAGGAAGAAACCUUCCCCGGGCGUGCAGCUACCUGGGUGGAAGAGAACAAAGCUGAAGCUGCCCGGGUGAUGACGGCGACUCCCGAGACCACGAUGGAGUCCUUCAGGCUUCUAUACCGGGAGCCUGAAGGAAGGAAGAUGAUUACCGCGAUUGGAUCCUUCGGAUUCAAGAGCGGUCAAAAGAAGGACCGGAUCGCCUCUCACCGGAUUUUUGCCACGUGUCGCGCAUCAACUGUUGCAAUCAGGCGGCUGCAGACCCGUCGUUUCGCUUGCCAGUGGGUCAUCAUUGCGCCGCCUGACGCGGCGCAACCUGAAGGGGCCACGUCGCUCCUUUCAGCCCUCCUCUUCCAAUAUAAAGGCCUCCACCCCUCUUCUUUGUUCACUUUCUGCGAUCAAGUCUCAGAGCUUUCACCGGUCAAGUUCCUUCUCUUUGCUAUCCAGCCCUCCGAGUCAAGUAAGUUUCUCCUUCCUUCUCUUUCUUCUUUCCCGGCCAUGUCUUCGUUUAGCGAUAGGAUCUCGUCCUCAGAGGACUGCUCCUCUGAGGAUUCCAACUCAUCUUCCUCGACCGGGUCUUCUUCUCCUGAAUCCACGCCCGGUCAGGUUCCCAACUCCUCUAUUCCCGACCCGCAUCCUGUUAACCAGAUGCCCGGUGAAACUUUCGUGGGGAGGGAUGACCCGGUCGAUGUUGAACCGGAUCCUUAUGACCCUGAACACGAAACCCGGGAUGCGUGGGAGGAGCGGCUUCAUGCUGCCGGUUACUUUCAGCUCCCCACCUUCUACGUCCUUGACAUCCCUUCCCGUGUAUCCAAAAUCGCUCUGAAUAAAAUUCGUAGGAGGCUCCCGGAUGGGUAUACCCUCCUGUAUGAACCUAACUGGCCCAACAUUGUUGAACCCCACCGGGAGGAUAGGGUAGGAUUCCACACCAUAUCACUGGAUGCGGGCAUAGUUUUCCCCCUUCUCCCCCUCCUUACCGAAGUCUGCCAUGCGUUUAGGAUUUUGCCCGGUCAAAUAACUCCUAACGCCCACCGGUAUCUUCAUUCCUUUGUAAAUAUUUGUACUCAUCUGAAAAUCUUCCCCUCUUUGUGUCUUUUCCUUUUUUGCUUUGAAGUCCUACCGGGGGGAUCCGGCUGCGAAGGUUUUGUAUUCUUCAAAGCCCGUACCGGUAGGAAGUUCAUUUCCGAAGUCCCCCAGAGUAACCGGGGAUGGAAGGAAAAGUUUGUUUUCAUCGAGUUUCCCCCCUUCGUUACUCCUCUGGCCGAUCUGAAAUGGAACGACCAUCUCCUCGACCAAGAGUAUGCUGCACCGGCUUCCUCCCCAGACUUGGAAGUGAAUCUUGAGGUCCUUAUGCGCGGGGAUCCUUUCACUGGGAGGAUCUUUCAUUAUGGCAGCUGGGUUUGGAGGGUGGAGUCAGGUGGUGAGGGUACCUCCCAGGCCCAUGAAGCAGCGGGGCGCGAGGUACCCUCCCCGGGCAACACUGCAGAGGCCGAGGGCCAUAACCACCCAGUAAUACCCCAACAAGAUGAUGUGUUGGGAAAGCGUACGGGACAUUUGAUGCGCCGCGCAUACGCCUUCGUGGACCUCCGCGAUGACUCGCUCAGCCUCCCGGUUGGUUAGACAUCUCAGGAGUGGCCCCCCAAAUGCCCUUUUAUACAGCUUUCCAUCAAGAACCUGGAAUCGGGGUGCCCUGAGCUUCACUUUUCU